GAGAGAGGGAGAGAGAGAGAAAGAGAGCAGAGAGAAAGAGAGAGAGAGAGAGGAGACAAGCGCAGCUGCGGUAUCGUGUUAUCAAGGAUUAGGUGGGGAUGCAGCUGUAGUCCAUGCACACACUGGAUCUGGAUCUAACUGCCUCCAUGUGGGACGAGAGCCUGUGUUAACUGCAAAAACCUGGACAUCAAAAGCAUGAGGCACUUUUCAGUGAGGCAGCAGGUAGUCUGAGCAGGAGACCAGGAGUGGUACCAGGGGCUAGAGGUCACAGGUCACGACCAUGGCAACCAGCCAGUUGGUGGUGCUGCUGGCUGUGGUGGCAGUGGCCCAUGCCUCGGUUUUUCUCUCCGGACAGAGACUGAAGCCUCGAUUUCAACGAGACAGACGUAACAUUCGUCCCAACAUCAUCCUCAUCCUGACUGAUGACCAGGACAUUGAGCUGGGCUCCAUGCAGGUGAUGAAUAAGACACGGCGGAUCAUGGAGCAGGGUGGCACUCACUUUUCCAAUGCUUUUGUGACAACACCCAUGUGCUGCCCAUCGCGCUCGUCCCUCCUCACUGGCAAAUACGCACACAAUCACAACACCUACACGAACAACGAGAACUGCUCGUCUCCCAGCUGGCAGGCACAGCAUGAGCCACGUACCUUUGGAGUCUAUCUUAACAACACAGGCUACAGGACAGCGUUUUUUGGAAAAUAUCUGAACGAGUACAACGGCAGCUACAUCCCCCCUGGUUGGAGAGAGUGGGUGGCAAUGGUAAAGAACUCCCGCUUUUACAACUACACCAUCUGCAGGAAUGGCAUCCGAGAGAAACAUGGAUUCGAAUACUCCCAGGACUAUCUGACAGACCUGAUAACCAACGACAGCGUCAAUUUCUUUCGCAUGUCCAAGAAAAUUUAUCCUCACAGGCCAGUUAUGAUGGUGAUCAGUCACGCCGCCCCCCACGGCCCAGAGGAUGCAGCACCACAGUAUUCCACUGCCUUCCCCAAUGCAUCCCAACACAUCACCCCAAGUUAUAACUAUGCUCCAAACCCGGACAAGCACUGGAUCAUGCGCUACACUGGUCCGAUGAAACCCAUCCACAUGGAGUUCACCAACAUGCUGCAGAGAAAGAGGCUGCAGACGCUACUGUCUGUGGAUGACAGCGUGGAAAAGAUUUAUAAUAUGCUUGUGGACACUGGCGAGUUGGACAACACAUAUAUUAUCUACACCUCUGAUCACGGCUACCACAUCGGGCAGUUUGGACUGGUCAAGGGCAAAUCCAUGCCUUAUGAGUUUGACAUACGAGUUCCUUUCUUUAUACGAGGCCCCAGUGUGGAGGGAGGAGCCAUCAACCCCCACAUCGUGUUGAACAUCGACCUGGCCCCCACCAUCCUGGACAUCGCCGGACAAGACAUUCCUGCAGACAUGGACGGCAAGUCCAUUCUCAAACUGCUUGAUACUGACAGACACAUUAACAGGUUCCAGGUCAACAAGAAGGGGAAAGUAUGGAGGGACUCCUUCCUAGUGGAGAGAGGGAAACUACUUCAUAAAGGAGUGCAUGAUGGGAAGGAUGUGGCACAGGAAGAGAACUACCUUCCCAAGUACCAGCGAGUCAAAGACCUGUGCCAGCGUGCUGAGUACCAGACGCCCUGUGAACAGAUUGGACAGAAGUGGCAGUGUGUGGAGGACUCCACCGGGAAGCUGAGGCUAUAUAAGUGCAAAGGCAUGGCCAGUCUCUCUGCAGUAAGGAAAUUGGUGUCCAACACAAAGCCCCAGUUUUACCAACGCACUCCCAGCGCCAACACUAAACCUAACACAGAGCCUGAAGAAUGCAACUGUGACUUAAGCAACUACAGGCUCGAGACAAUGAAGAAAAAGACUCUGCUGUCCAAAAAAAAAAUGAAGACCCUGAAAAGCUACUCCAGGAACCGUUACGCUCGCUCGCUGUCUGUGGAGAUAGAUGGAGAUCUAUAUGCAGUAGAUCUGGAUGGAGAAUUCUCACCAGUCAACAUCAGAAACCUGAGCCACGCCCAACAGGAGGAGGAGGUGUUCAGCGGGAUGGGUGCAACUGCUGAGCCGCAAACCAGCAACAGCCUGACAUUGCCCUCAUCUAUUAAAGUCACGCACAGGUGUUCUAUCCUGGCCAACGAUACAGUGAAGUGCGACGUAGGACUGUACAAAUCCCUGCAGGCCUGGAAAGAUCAUAAACUCCACAUCGAUCAUGAGAUUGAGACACUACAGACGAAGAUAAAGAAUCUCAGAGAGGUCAGAGGGCAUCUGAAGAGGGUGAGGCCCGGGGACUGUGACUGCAGCAAGUACAUCUACAAGUCCAAGUUCAAGAAUAAGCUGAGAAAAUAUAAAACAGACAGCAUGCAUCCAUUCAGAAAAGCCCAGGAGAAGGAUAAGAAGGCCUGGCUGAUGAUGGAGCAGAAGCGCAGGAAGAAGCUCAGGAAGAUGUUGAAGCGCCUGCGUAACAAUGACACAUGCAGCAUGCCAGGCCUCACCUGCUUCACACAUGAUAACCAGCACUGGCAGACUGCCCCCUUCUGGACCUUGGGGUCUUUCUGUGCUUGCACCAGCGCCAACAACAACACGUACUGGUGCAUGAGGACCAUCAAUGAGACGCAUAACUUCCUGUUCUGCGAGUUUGCUACAGGCUUCCUGGAAUACUUUGACCUUAACACAGAUCCAUACCAGUUGAUCAACGCGGUAAACACACUGGAUCGGCACGUUCUGAACCAAAUGCACGUUCAGCUCGUGGAGCUGCAAGGCUGCAAGGGCCACAAACAGUGUAACCCCCGCAUACGCAAUAUGGACCUGGGAGGCAAAGAGAGAAGCAGCUAUGAUGAAUACAGGCAAUUUCAGCGUCGCAAAUGGCCCAAAAUGAGGAAGUCUGCCUCCAAAUUGCUAGGGCAGAUUUGGGAAGGAUGGGAAGGAUAAGGACGAGGCAGGAAAGAGUCAAUUUCAACCCUUGUACACACUCGAUGAGCACGCCUACGAUCUUAACCUCAACUUCACCUUGAGCCUGGAGGACUGGGCCCACUUCAGCCGCUCCGUGGACCACACAUACACGUUUCUUAGCAACC